AAGACGUCUUCCGAACCGCCUGAGCAGGAGCCGGAAUCGCUCCUCCGGCCUGGAGCCGGAAGCGGAAGCGCUGUCGGUGUUACCCUCCAUCUUUUCCGGCGCGAGCUUCGGGAGUUUGAGUUCCGUUGCUCCGCAAAGGUGGUGCCCGGUAGGCGGCCAGGGAGAGGCGGGCUUGGCCCACGGCGGCGGCGCUUCCUCGGCCUCUGCGGACCGCGAGCGCGACCCGUAUCUCCGCCGCGCGGCUGGUUCCGUCCUGCGUCCUCAGGAACUGGCGGGUCCGGCACCUUCAGAUGAGUGCAGGAAUGCAAGUCACCAUGUAAAAAGAGGAAAGAUCACCACUGGCCCCUUAUAUGUAUAAAUUGCCUAGACGUGUCCUUCAAAUUCUGGAAGAGAGUGUUCCAGUGUAUUUCACCAUCAUCCUUUCAUGAUGGAAGCCAUCAGUUUGUCCCACGGUUUAUUUUCUAGGGACCCAAGCUACUUUCAUCGUGAAAAGACAGAGAUGGACAGGAUAGUAUCCGACUGCCUGACAAGUAGUUACCAGGAGUUAGUGACCUUUGAGGAUGUGGCUAUAGACUUCACCCAGGAAGAAUGGACUUUAUUGGACACAAAACAAAGGAACCUUUACAGAGAGGUGAUGCUGGAGAACUACCAGAACCUGGCCACAUUAGGAUGUCAGCUCAUCAAACCCAUCUCAAGCUCUUGUUUGGAGACAGAAGAGUUUGGAGUAAUCGACAGAGGAGUUCACCAAGAAUGGGCUAUGCGACUUAACACCAGAGGGACAACGUUUCAGUUAAAAAUGUCAAAUGAGACACAGCUGUCAAAUAGCUAUGAUGGAAAGGAGCUCUGUGACUUUAAGCCACCUGGAGAAAUCAUCAAAGAGCCUUCAUGUAGUCCGGCACACAUAGGUAUUGAAAACAGAGGAAACAUUUAUGAUUGUGUUCAGCAUGGACAAGCCUUUCCUGUGCACCCUGACGAAGCCUCUUCUGCAGACAAAGGUCCUGAGUUAAGCCAGUGUGGAAAAGACACCAGUCUGGCUGCAAGUGCUGCUUACCAAACAACAUGUAAACCAGCCAAAGUCCUCAAAUCUAGUGAAUUUCAGCAAGCCCUUAAGACAUGUGAAGGCAGACUCUUUAAAUGGGCACAGUGUGGUGAUGCUUUUAACCCACCUAUGAGCCAUGCUGGGAAUGGGCAAACAUGCACUGGAAAAAAACCCUAUGAAUGUAAGGAAUGUGGGAAAAGUUUUAAAUAUUCUGCCAACCUUAAUAUUCAUAGGCGUACCCACACUGGUGAAAAACCUUAUGAAUGUAAGGAGUGUGGAAAAACCUUUUCUAGGUGUUACCCACUAACUCAGCACUUAAAAACUCACACUGAAGAGAAACCCUUUGAAUGUAAGGUUUGUGGAAAAUGCUUUAGAAAUGCCUCAUGCCUUAAUGAUCACUUUCGGGUUCACACUGGAAUAAAGCCCUAUAAAUGUAAGGACUGUGGCAAAGCCUUCACGGGGCGCUCUGGUCUUAGUAAACAUUUACCAACACACACUGGAGAGAAGCCUUAUGAGUGUAAGGAAUGUGGGAAAGCCUUCACGUCAACCUCAGGCCUUAUUAAACAUAUGAAAAGUCACAUGGGGGAGAGACCCUUUGAGUGUGACCACUGCGGCAAAGCUUUUGCUUCUUCCUCAACCCUUAUUACACAUUUGAGAACACACACUGGAGAGAAGCCCUUUGAGUGUAAAGUUUGUGGGAAAGCGUUUACAUGUUCUUCUUACCUUCAUAUUCACAUGCGGACUCACACUGGAGAGAAGCCCUAUGUAUGUAAAGAAUGUGGCAGAGCCUUCACUGAGCGCACAAGCCUUACUAAGCAUUUACGAACACACACUGGAGAAAAUCCCUUUGAGUGCAAUGUGUGUGGAAAAGCAUUUGCAUGUUCUUCCUACCUUCAUAAUCACAUGCGAACUCAUACUGGAGAGAAACCUUACAUGUGUAAGGAAUGUGGGAAAGCCUUCGCUGUUUCUUCACAUCUAAGUAAACAUGUAAGGAUCCACACAGGAGAGAAACCCCAUAAGUGUGAGGAAUGUGGGAAAGCUUUCACUGUGCGUUCUGGUCUCACAAAACAUAUACGAACUCACACUGGGGAGAAGCCCUAUAACUGUAAAGAAUGUGGGAAAGCCUUUACUACAUCUUCAGGCCUCCUCGAACAUAUAAGAAGUCACACAGGAGAGAAACCGUAUGAAUGUGACCAGUGUGGGAAGGCCUUUGCUUCUUCCUCCUAUCUUAUUGCACACCUGAGAAUUCAUACUGGAGAGAAGCCCUUUGAGUGUAAUGUGUGUGGGAAAGCGUUUACAUGUUCCUCCUACCUUCACAUUCACAUGCGAACGCACACUGGAGAGAAGCCCUAUGGAUGUAAGGAGUGUGGGAAAGCUUUUGCUGUUUACUCACAUCUCAGUAAACAUGUACGAGUUCACAGUGGAGAGAAGGCCUAUAAAUGUAAAGGUUACGGAAUAGCUUUCAGUAGUUCUCAUCUUACAGAACACAUGGAAACCCUAGAGAUAAAUUCUUUGAUUGGAAGGAAUGGAGAGACUGCUUUAGAAAGUUCUGUUACUUUAGGAGUACAUUCAAAUUCACAGUGGAAAGAAAGUUUAUCAGUAUAAGCCAUUUGUAAAGUGAUUAUUUAUAUAAUAUUUGACUUCAAAGAUAUGAAACAAUUGAAGUUGCAUAGAUGCCUUGUGAACUGAAAAGAGUGGGAAGUCAUCAGAAUGCUCAAAAUCCAGUUCACAUGAGCCCACUUUGAAGCUAGCUAUACAAUGUCAGAAAGAUGGAAAGCCUUCACUGUGUCAUGGAUUUUUUUUUUUAUAAGUCUGGUAGAGAAACUCUUGAUACAAUGUGGAAAAUUGUAUUUCUGCUCAGUGCUUUGAUUACCUACAGUACUACAGUGGAGGACUUUGGGAAAGUAAGAAAUGUUAGAAAGUAAUUAUUUACAUUAGUUAUCAACAUUCAGUAAGCGUGAAAAUUGCUUCUAUGUCUUAAGACCUUGUAUACUAGCAGAAACUUGGCUUUCUUGAUAGUUUUAUAAAUUUGUUUUGACCAUUUUUUGCAUUUUCAAUACUUGAGAUAUUUUAAUAUUUUCACUUAAUGACUUCCCAGUGUUAAUAUUGAUUCAAGAUGUACAAAAUUCUGUGGAAUAUAUGUAUAUAAAGCAAUUAUCAGGAUAAUUAAAAUGUGAUGUAGUAAUUUUGGUAUUAUGAAGCACUUUUUACUGCCUUAGAAAAUCCAGGUGGUUCUGGUCAUCAUAUUGUGUUUAAAUACAAAUAAAAGUGGUUCAAAGAAAAAAAAAAAGAAAAUCCAGGUGGAGAACAUUGUUAAUUAUAUUCAUCAGCUGCACUCUUAAGUUACCUUUCUUGUAACUGAAAGUAUAUAACCUUUAACAAUAACUCAUAAACAUUAACUCUUAGCUCUUGAUAACCACAACUACAAUUUUCUUCUGUUUGACUAUAUCCCCUUCUUUUAAAGACAGGAUCUCACUAUGUAGUUCUGACUGUCCUGGAAUUCACUAUGUGAACCAGCCUGGCCUUGAACUCACAGAGAUCGUCUGCCUCUCAAGUGCUAGGUUUAAAUGCAUACACCACCUCACCCAGCUACACUCCGUAUUUGAAUAUGAUAAUGUAUUUUUAAUUUUUGUGCCUGGUUUAUUUUCAUAACAAAAUGUCUUUAGUUUUAUCCCUGUUAUCUUGCAUGAAAGAAUUUUUUAAAAAGAGGGUAGACAGUCUACUUUUUAUGCACACUCAAAAUUUUUGUAUGUAUGUAUAUAUGUGAUGUGUUUGUAUGCAUCUGUUUUUAUGAAUGUAGGCUCUACAAUGUACAUGUAGAGGUCAGGAAAACUUUGGAUUUCAUGCUAGACUUCCACCUUAAGACAGAGUCAAUUUCUCAUCUCCCCAGCCCCUAUGAAAGUUUCUUUACACAAAGGAACAUUUAGGUCAUUUCCAUACUGUAUUGUUGGAAACAAAUUGAACUGCUACACUGAACAUAGAUUACAGAUAUCUCUGUAAGCAUUUCUUGAGUGUAUGCCCAUAAUUAGUUUGUUGGAUUAUUUAGUUGGUGUAUAUAUAGUUUUAUGAGGAGCUUCAAUACCGUUUUCCAGAUAGCUCUACUAGUUUUUAUUCUAUUCAAAAUGAUAAUUUAUGUAAACAUUUUUUUAACAUUUUUAUCUUUAUUAUUUAGAUGCCUUUUAUUUCUCUUACUCAAUUGGCUCAACUUACAGAAUUAUGAUGGAUAUAAGUUCCAAGCAGGGAUACUGUUGUUCUUGAUUUUAAAGGAAAAGCUCUGGAGUUUUCACUGAGUGUGUUGACUGCCACUGACUUUUCAUACAUAUAUAGUCACUGAUAAAUUUGUGUACAUCCUCUAUAUAUUAAAUUUGUUGAGAGUAUUAUGAAAGAGUAUUGACUUUUUAAGUGCUGUUUAUUUUGUAAUUUUCUCUAUUGUGAUUUAUUUAUUCUAUUAUGUGAUGUGUGACACUUGA